CAACAACCAAGAUGUCGGCUUGAGAGUACGGCUCGUACAAGUUGUUAGGAUUUUUGUGCAAAUUGCAAAAAAUACACCUUUUGAUAAAGUAAACGUCUGCCAGAAUGGUUUUCGAAUCGCUGGUUACUGAUUUGAUCAACAAAUAUUUGGGAGACUUUGUGGAGAACUUGGACAAAUCUCAGUUGAAACUUGGGAUAUGGGGAGGUGAUGUGGUUUUGAAUGAACUCGAUUUGAAGGAAAGUGCUUUGGAUGACCUUGACCUUCCAGUGAAAAUCAAAGCAGGUCAUGUUGGAAAUUUGACCUUGAAAAUACCAUGGAAGAAUUUGUACUCAGAACCAGUGAUUGCAACAAUAGAUGGUUUAUAUGCCCUUGCUGUACCAAAUGUUGGUAUUAAGUACAAUGCAGAAAAGGAAGAGAAAGAAAAACAGGAAGCUAAACAGAAGAAAUUACAGGCCCUUGAGGAAGCAAAAAAACUUGAGGCAGAAAAAGACAAACCAAAAGAGAAGAAAAAAGACUCAUUUGCAGAAAAGUUUGCAACUCAGGUCAUCAAAAAUCUACAAGUGGAAGUGCGAAAUAUCCAUGUGCGCUUCGAAGAUAAAUACACAAAUCCAAAACAACCGUUCUCUAUUGGCGUUAGUUUAAAGGAACUUCUUUUUAGAACGACAGAUGAGAACUGGAAGCCAUGUAUAAUAAAAGAGGCUGUUUCACAGAUAUACAAGCUUGUGAAACUGGAGUCACUGGCAGUAUACUGGAACAGCAGAACAGAAUUGUUUGAAGAUAAACCAAAGACAGAAAUCCUGAAAAGCCUGAAGAGUGCACUAGCAGAGGAAAACAAAGCCAACUUUCAGUACUUGGUCAAACCAAUUUCAUCAGUUGCUCAUCUCAAAUUGAACACGAAGCCGGAGCUUCAAGAAUACAGCACACCAAAGAUUUUUCUCACUAUUAUCUUUGAUGAAAUAUCCGUCUGCCUGGCAAAACUACAAUACAAUGAUGUAUUGGAGAUGCUGGAAGGUUUUGAGAGAGUAAGUCUGAUGGGAAUCUAUAAGAAAUACAAACCCAGUGUGCCUUUGAAAGGAAACAUCAGGACAUGGUGGCAUUACGCAUAUACCAGUAUAUUAGAAGAGACUGUAAGACGAAGAAGAAAAAUGUGGUCAUGGUCACACAUGAAGGAACACAGGGAUACAAAGAACAGAUACAGAGAGGCUUACAUCCAGAAACUAGAAAGUAAAAAAGUGUCCGGCGAUCUGCAAAAGAAAUUAGAUGAGUGUGAAAAAUACCUUGAUGUGUUCAAUAUCACUGUGAUUCGUCAACAAGCCGAACUGGAGGCAGCCAAACGUGGAGCAAAACGUGCGGAGGAGAAGAAAAAUGCAGGCUGGUUUGGUGGAUGGCUUGGAGGCGGGUCAAAGAAGAAGGCUGCUGGAAAGGAGAAAGGCGACAUGGAAAAUAUACAGGAGCAGUUCUAUGAACAGUUUAAUGCAGAAGAAAAGAAGAAACUGUAUGAUGCCAUUGGUUACCAGGAGAAUGAGGCUGAUCCUACUCUUCCAAAGGAGUUUGUGGCAGUGAGAUUGGUAACAAAGUUGAACAAUCUCUCAGUGAUGCUCAAAGAUGACAUGAAAAAGGAACCACAGAUCUUGAAGAUGCAGCUAAAGAGUGUGUUUGCUUCAGUGGGCCAGAGACCAGCAGCCAGUGCAGUGAAGGUGGAUUUAAAGAUGGAUAAGUUCACAUUACACGGUACACAGCAGGGAGACUUUAUACCCAGAAUGGUCACAUCCAUCACACAGACUGAAGCCACUCAACAGGCAUUGUCACUGCUAGAUGUGCUAUUUGAAACCAAUCCUCUGGAUGGACUGUGUGAUUCUAGAGUGAGAGUAAACACACGACCUGUACAGAUUAUCUAUGAUGCUAUUACUGUUAACCAGAUGGCAGAAUUUUUCAAGCCUCCAAAAGAUAUCCAGCUGAAACAAUUAUCCCAAGCUGCAAUGUCAAAGUUUGAUGAAAUUAAGGAACAAUCUGCCACAGGGUUGCAGCAUGCUAUAGACUUGAAGAAAUACACAGAAAUAGCUGUAGAUUUACAACCAUCAUAUGUUAUUGUACCUCAUGGAGGAAUAUGGACAAAACAGAAAGAUGUAGCUAAGUUAGUUCUCGACCUUGGUAAUUUAAAAAUAGGAACAGAAAAGAACCAAUCAGAUGAUAGUAGUGAGCCGAAAAGUCCACGUUCACUGGAAGAAGUGAUGUUGACGGCGUAUGAUAAAUUUAACAUCAAGUUGGAUAGAGUACAGUUACUGAUGGCUCAUGCAGGUGAAGAUUGGCAGAAGGCACGGUCCUUGUCCGACUCCAACAUGCACAUCUUGUGUCCUAUCUCUAUCUCAAUACUGCUGCAGAAAUGUAUGUUUGAUAAAGAUCCACGCAUGGCAAAGAUGAAAGUUAGAGGCGAACUACCAUUGCUAAGUUUGAACAUGUCAGACCAUCGACUACAGGAAAUCCUGUCACUGGUACAGAGUAUUCCACUCCCUGAGAGCACUCCCGAGGAACCUGCCGACCAGUUUGCUGAGGGUCCAGAUAUGUUACCCACAGUGGAUGUAAACGAGAACAGGAUAGCAAAGAAAGUACUGAUUGCAGAGGAGGAAAGUAAGAAAUCACCCGAGCGCAGCGAAUCCAUGGAGUUUGUAAACUAUACUGAUCUUGAACUGGAAUUUGUUCUUAAUGAGAUUAGUUUAAACAUAGCACAGAGAUUAAAGAAUGAGGAUGUACCCUUGCUUAGACUUGCUGUUAAUGACCUUGGUACUAGUGUCAAGGUCAAGACGUAUGACCUUUCAGCUGAAGCUUUCCUUGGAGGAAUACAUGUGCAAUACCUGAAAGUUAAUGCUGAGGACACAGACAGCAAAUAUGUGAAAGUUUCUGAUGACAUUGCCUCACAACUGGGUGAAAGUUUAUUCCAAGUGACAGAUCGAGGCCCUGUGAUUAACCUAGUCAACACACCCAGACCUGAAGGAAGCAAUUCAAAAUUGCUUGCUGUUCAUUUUCUAAAGGCCAACACAGAUGGUCCAGAGUUUGCCACUACAUACAAGAAAACAGAACAGUCUGUGAAUGUAGAGUUCUCUGCCCUUGAACUACUGUUACAUCAGGAGUCUAUAUUAGACCUACUGGUGUUUGCUCAGUCAAUCCAGCCACCAAAACUGACAGAAACUGAACAGAAGGCAACAGAGACAAAAACUGAGACAGAGGAAAAGGCCAAGGUUACAAAGAAAAAGGGGUUUAGCAAAGAUCCUGAAGUGAUUGACAUGUCAGUGAAGGCUGCCCUCAAGAUGUUUUCCGUCACAGUCUGCUCUGACGAGAAAUUGAUUACUGAUGUGAGAAUUAAAGGUAUAGAAGCAAAUGUGACUCUUCAGGAAAGACAAACUUUAGUGGGAGCAGUGCUUAAAGAUAUAUCUGUGAGAGAUCCAAGCCCCGCAACAUUCUAUCCAAAUAUACUAGAAAUCCAGGGCAGUGAAGUUUUGGCCCUAAAUCUGGCUAUUUACAAUGAAAACACAGCAGGGGAUCGCUAUGAAGAUAUGAGUAAUGUUGAUAUGAAAGUGGAAGUUUCUCUAGGUCAGAUCAAGGUCACAUUCCUCAACAAAUAUGUCACUGAUUUACUGGGUUUUCUUGACAAUUUCCAAGAAGCACAGAAGAAGAUAAAAGAAGCUGGUGAAACCUUGGCAGAAUAUUCCCAGGAUGCUGUGCAGAAUUUACAAGAAACAGCUUCAAGAUUGUCUCUUUCUGUUGACAUGAGAGCCCCAAUAAUAUACAUGCCCCAGAAUUCAACAUCAUACAAUAUUUUGAUGGUUGAUCUAGGUCAUUUGUCAGUAAAAAAUGCCUUUGAGAAGCCUGGCCAGAGAUCAGCUAAUGGAGUACCAGCUGUAUUAGAUAAAAUGAAUGUGACCUUGACCGAUUUAAAAGUUUCAAGGGCAGUUGUGGAUGCCUCACAGUAUGUAAAAUCAGAAGUGGAAUUACUACAGCCUGCAGAAAUAUCUGUAGAUAUUUGUCGAAACAUUGCUUCAAGCUGGUUCCAUGCAGUUCCAGAUGUUGAUAUUUCUGGAAAACUGAAAGCAAUCAAGCUGUUGAUCAGUCAAGGAGAUUUCACAGCAAUGAUGUUAGUAUUGAAUGAAAAUCUGUCUGAAGGGCAGGAUAAAACCAAGGCAGUGAAAGACCAGCCGUCUGAAGCAGAAGCUGUUACUAAAGACGUCGAGGCACCUGUUACUGCUGAAACUGCUGUGGCCACACAGAGCACACCACAAGCAAAACAGAGUGAGGAAACCUGGUGUAAACUCAAGUUUAACUUCUGUAUUAACAGUCUGUCUGCAGCACUAUAUAAUGGAGAUAGUCAGCUGACGUCUGGCUUGUAUCACCAUGAUGACAGUAAGUGCCUUGGACAGUUUGAACUGCAGCUGAUGGGACUAGAUGGUCACAUGAUGUCCAGUGGUGACAUGGAUGUCAAGGUCAUAUUGAGAGAUACCAUCAUGGAUGAUAAACGUCUGCAGAAACGUGGCGGAAUAACAAGAAUGAUGGAGAGAAGUAAGAAGUCUACAUCAGAUAGGAAAGAGGCAAACAUGAUUGAUGUCUCCUUUAAACAGGAGAAAAAUGAUAAGAACAUUGAUGUGCACAUGAGUAGUUUAUAUGUAUGUGUAUGCCUGGAUUUCCUGAUGUCAAUAGCGGACUUCUUUGUCAAAGGCCUGCCAAAACAACCUGAAGUAGAACCGCCCCCUGUUCAGACCAAGGAGACUCAGAAAGCAGAUGUACAGCCAAAACCUGAAGAACCUCCGGCCGGUGAGAUGAGUAUAUCUGUGUGUAUAGACAGGCCAGAGAUAAUCAUGAUAGAAGACCAGUCAAAGGAAGACACUAGUGCCUUGAUGUUAGAUAUGGAGCUGAUGUUUAGAAUGAGGCAGAGCCCGGAGACUAUGGAUAUGUCAGCAGCCAUCAAAAAUCUUGGCAUUGUCUCCUGUAAAUAUAACAGUAGGGGUUCCGGGGCACAGAUUCUUACACCAUGUGACAUAUCGUUCUACAGUAAGACCCCUAAAGAUCAGGGAGCACAUAUGGACGUUUCUACAUCAGAUUUAAUUCUGAAUAUAUCACCAGCAACUAUCAAGACUAUGUCCGCAAUAGCUGCAGGACUGUCCAAACAAGAUGAGGAAGGAGUUGAAGAGGAAAAGAUGCCUGGGGAUAUCUGGCAGAUUAAGAAGUUACAGGAUUGUGAUUUUUGGUUCCUCAGAACUGAUGAUGAAGACAAUGCAUUGGCUUCGGAACCAUUGGACCUUGGUGCAACUGUUGAUGAAGUUCUGGAAGAAAGAGGGGAACAGUUGUGUAAAGAGAAGAUGAUUGUAAAAGUUCCGUCAGUUGUUGUCAAGAUUGAAGGGGGCGUAGGAAACAGGACUGUCCCACUACUGAUCACAGAGAUGUCAUUCCAAGGGGAGGUCAGGGAUUGGUCAGGAAAGUUGUAUGUUGAAAGCAGACUGCUACUAGAAGUUGCUUAUUACAAUGAGAAAAUGUCUGUUUGGGAACCACUUCUAGAACCAGUCUUUAGUGAGGGAAAGUACAGGAGAUGGGAGCUUGGACUUGAGGUGAUGAAGAAUGAUGAUAUUGAACUUGGUCCUGAAGAUGAUGAGGAAACUGACAAUGUAAAGUUGCCCCCACCCAAGAUGACCAUAAAUGUUAAAUCAACAGAUCCCUUACAGCUGACCAUGACUAAAGCUUGCUUGGAGAGUUUAACCAAUCUUGGAAAGGCCUUUGGUGAUGCAUAUGCAUUGGUAGAGCCUACAUUGAAGGCUGGGGAGGUUAUGACACCGUAUGUUAUACGUAAUGUCACUGGAGAGGACCUGAUGCUUAAACUUGACAAUGCCUUUGAGAUUCCACCAGAAGCAUCAAAUGGAAAAAUAAAAUUGCUUUUUGGGGACGCUUUACCACUGAAGAACAAAGACGGCCCCAAACUUCGCAAGCAGGCAUCAGUGAUCAAAGCAUCACAUGCUUCUGAUGAAAAGAAAAUGAUCUUCCAAGUUGAGAAAUUCAAUGCCACAAGGGAGGUAACCGUCAAGCGGGCAGAGAAACGUUUGUUCCAUGUUGAUACAAAGGGCGGAGAACAGUGGGCAAUAGUUUGUGAUACACAGACAUCACUGGGACAGAGAACUGUGACAUUUAGGUCAUCUGUUCAGGUGAUGAACCAUCUGACAGUACCGGUGGAUGUUUUCUUUAAAGACCCGUCCUCUGGAAGUAUGCCUGUAUCAUCAGUUAGUCCCGAGGAGAUAUUCAGCUUACCAUUACAUACAAUAUACACCACAUCCGGACAGUUCAUGUUUAAACCCAUUAAAGAAGGAUGUGAUGAGUUAAGCGACCCUGUCAGUUGGAAAGGUGCAGAGAAUCUUGGACUGAAACAGUUGAUGUGUAAGGCCAGUGCCGGGCAACAGCCAUUUUACUUCAAGGUCAGGGCACAGAUUGAGUCAGUGUAUUAUGAAGGAGGAGACACAUUGGCUGCAAAGUCAACAACCUUUCACCUUUAUCCUACUGUUGUCAUGCAUAACCUCUUACCUUACAAGAUCAGAGUCAUGCUAGAGGGCACAGCUGAUGCCUUUGAGUUAGAUAGAGGAUGCAGUAUACCAUUGGAUCACGCCUGUGUGGGCAAAACCAACAUUGAAAUAACAAUACCAGAUUAUCAGAAUAUGGAGUGGGUAGGGCGCCGUUUAUUGGAGGUGGAUAUACCAGAGCUUUCAGUCUGGACGUUUGAAGCAUAUGACAAAAGCAAGAAAAUUACAAUGGACUUAGGUCUUCACUAUAAACAAGGGCCUGGUGUUCUAGAUGUGUCCGUGUAUAGUCCCUACUGGAUGAUCAACAAAACUGACAUGUUACUCAAAUACAAGGCUGGAGAUGAUGACCAAGUGGAUCAUGCGCCUGAUCUCAAGGAUGUUAUGAUGUUCUCAUUCAAGAAGAAUUCACUGUUUUCUAAGAAAAAGGAUGACACUUUGGAUAGAAAGAAGGACACAUCAGAUAGAAAGAAGGAUACCCUGGAGAGAAAGAAGGAUGCAGGAAAGAAACAGAAAGUUAAAGAAAUGAAGCAAAGUGGAAAAGCUUCUCUGAAGAUCGGAGAAGGUGAUUGGUCAGACAAGUUCUCUCUUGAUGUAGUUGGCAGUUCAGGAACUGUACAGAGCAAGAAUAAAACCAGGACCUGGGAGGUCGGAGUUAGCAUACUGUUGUCAAACUCUGGUCUCACCAAGAUUGUUACAUUUACACCAUACUACAUGCUGGUGAAUACAUCUCCCUACCCGUUGUUAUGUAAAGAGAACCAUGGAGAUAGCCAGUGGAUUGAAAUACCAUCAAAAGAGUGUGUUCCUAUAUGGCCUCUACAGACAGGCAAAGAAAUUACAAUGCAGACAAAGGUGAAGGACACUGAGAUAUCAACUAGUCAUUUCCUGUUCAACAAACCACAUACCACACUGCUCAAACUUGAUAAUGAGUAUGGAGGAAUAAAUGUUGAAUGUCAGGAGACAGAAUCCUCUGUAGUAACGACCUUGACCAAUUACAAGGCUGGCAUGGCAACUGUCCUUAUUAUCAACCAUACAGACAAGUGUGAUAUUUCUUACCAGCAGAAUGGUGGGGGUAAACCAGUGCAUGUAAUGGGACCGUCAAUGGCAGGAUUGUAUACAUGGGAAGAUUCUCUAGGGAAGAGAGAGAUGGUGUGGUCUUGUGGAGAGAAGAAGGAUGUGAAAAAUGAUCUCUCACAGGAUGGUAUAGGGGAAGUGUUCUACAAUUCAGACACAAAAGUUUACUGGGUGUCUUUCCUGAAUGGUAUGCAGAGAGUUCUACUGUUCACACAUGAUCUCGCCUUGGCAACCAUUGCUCAGGAGUUGUAUAAAAAAUCCCAGGCAGGAGAGUUGGAGAGGAUAGAGCAAGAGAUCAACUUGAAUAUUCAUGGAAUGGGGCUGUCCUUGGUGAAUAAUUAUAAACAACAGGAGGUGGCUUUCCUUGGAAUUACAAGCUCAGGCAUAAUCUGGGAGGAAAAGAGGAAGCGCUAUAAAGCAUUCAACCUGAAGAACUGUCAAGCCCUGGAAGGUGCUUAUCAGAAAUAUGAAACAGAGAAAUUAGGAGGGCAUACACCACCGGAUCAAGUACGCAUUGACAAGAUGGAGGUGAAUUUUAAAGAAAUGAUGAUGUUUAAACCGAAUAAGCGAAUGAUUCGACGAAGUUUCCAGGAUGGAAUCUGGGUUCAGUACAAGACAUCGCCUCAUCAAGUCCAGUUUCAUGCUAAAAUAAACAGAGUACAGUUGGAUAACCAGGUGACAGGAUCGGUGUUCCCUACAGUGUUAUCUCCCAUGCCUCCUCCUAAAUCAGUCGCUGCUGAAAGUGUUCCGAAGCCGUUCACUGAGAUCAGUAUGAUGUUAAGAAAGCAUGAACACAGUAACCUAUCACAAAUGAAAUAUUUUAAGGUGCUAAUACAAGAGAUGCAGGUUAAGGUGGAUCAGGGUUUCCUCAACAAUGUUCUAGACUUGUUCAGUUCUGACCAAGAACCUUCUAGAGAUCAAGAGAAACAAAUGUUAGAGGACGAUAUAGAGAGAACAGAGAAAGACCUGAUCACAACAAUGGGAGUGUCUCUUGCCAGUGAACAGAAAAUGUUCUACGACUACCUACAUCUCUCACCUAUAAAGGUUCAUCUCAGCUUUUCUCUACAAGGUGGUGGAGGUGGUGAUGGGAAACCUACACAGUUACACUCCAAUGUGAUAAAUGUGUUCUUGCAGUCAGUGGGUGUUGUACUGACAGACGUGCAGGAUGUUGUCUUCAAGUUGGGUUUCUUUGAAAGACAACAUACAUUCUACAACAAUAAAAUGUUGAUUGGAGAAAUGACCACUCAUUAUGCUGGUCAGGCAAUAAAACAGAUGUAUGUGUUAGUACUUGGACUAGAUGUUUUAGGAAAUCCGUUUGGACUGUUACGAGGUAUGGCAGAGGGCCUGGAAGAUCUCUUCUAUGAACCAUACCAGGGUGCCAUUCAAGGUCCUGAAGAGUUUGCAGAAGGUCUAGCGUUGGGGGUCAGAAGCUUGUUUGGACAUGCUGUUGGUGGCGCUGCAGGAGCUGUUUCCCGGAUCACAGGAACCCUUGGUAAAGGUCUUGCAGCCCUGACAUUAGAUGAUGAGUACCAAAAGAAGAGAAGAGAAGCAAUGAAUAAAAGACCAGCAAAUGUUGGUGAAGGUUUCGCUAGAGGGGGAAAAGGUCUUGUCAUGGGUGUGUUUGAUGGCGUUACUGGAAUUGUUAGAAAGCCAAUAGAAGGAGCAAAGAAAGAAGGUGUUGAGGGAUUCUUUAAGGGUGUUGGAAAGGGGCUGGUUGGCGUGGUAACAAGGCCUACAAGUGGAGUUGUUGACUUUGCCAGUAGCUCAUUUGAAGGAAUCAAAAGGAUAGCAGAAAAUGUUGGAGAAAUUCAUCGUUUACGUCCACCACGGAGGUUCCAUAAAGAUCAUGUGAUCAGACCUUACAAUGAGGCCGAGGCUGCGGGUUUUGCAAUAUUAAUGGAAACGGAGAAAGGCAAAUACUUCAAGACAGAUGACUAUGUAGCUCAUACUGUAGUGACUAAAGAUCAGAAAAAUGUCUUCUUGGUUACAAACAAGAGAGUAAUAUUUGCAAGUCGUGGAGAAAUUUUUGGCCAAUGGAAUUGUGAGUUUACGUACAUGUGGUCUGAACUGAAAGAAAAACCAAAGGCAACAGCUAAAGGUUUUGAGCUUGUCCUAAAGGAGAAAGAGAAGAAAUUUCUGUUUGGAGGAUCUAGCUCAAAGAAAGAGAUCCAUAUACAAGAUAAGAAAACUGUCGAGUAUAUAAUAGGGAAGAUAUCAGAAGCUUGGGACGCUGCCAAAUAAUCUCUACAAGAAGUAACGUCCACAAUGUUGCACAUGUAUAUAACCAUGCUACUACAAGAAGUAACGUCCACAAUGUUGCACACGUAGAUAACCAUGCUACUGCUGAUACAGACAAUAUAACAAAAUCUAUUGAAAUGAAUUUUAUCUUGAAAGAAGGCAAAAAAAAUGUAAAAUUGAGCAGUGAAAGAUUUUACAUUCAGCAAUAGAUAUAUGUAUGUGUUGUGCACUUCAUGAACACUUAAUAUAGUUUAGAACAAAUUGGCAAAAAGUUUAAAUUGGGUGCUUUUAUGAUUAUGGUAAGAUUGAAUGAGCUUAUUUUAUGUUCAGAUAUAGAACUUCAGAAUUGAACAGUCAAAUGAGAUUGACUUACUUUACCAGUUUUAUGUAGUGAAAGUGGAAAUUAAGUUUCACCUAUAUACAUUGUUAGACUAUCAGUUAAAGAUUUUAAUGUCUUUUGAUCACUUAUUUUUGAAUUCUCUUAAUGGGGUAUAAAAUGGUAUAUUUUGUGCUUGCUUAAAUUCAUGUUUCCUAAGUUUAGUUAAAAUGCUUUUAGAAAUGUUGUAGUAUUCUGUGGGUAAGGGUUAGCUUGUUAGGGUUUUAUACUUGCAGAAUGUUCAAUGACUCUUCUACUGCUUGGCUUCUUUAUCUUCCUCUUUGCUAAACUGCUAUAUGAUCUAUUUAUACACUGCUGUGUAAUCUAUUUAUACACAUUGGAAAAUUUGUAAAAAAAAAUAAUUAUCUGUUUUAAUCUGUGAAAUACACUAUAAUUAUGGUGUGUCCACUGUUCCUAAUUCUUUUUGAUGUUAAAUGUUAUUUUAGUAUGUUUAUAUCACAUUUAGUGCAUUGAUAAAGCUUGUUUAUAUUAUAUAUGUAUAAUUGUUUACCAUGUAACUUUAAUAGUCAUUUUAUUUACACAGUGUAUUCUUACAUAAUCUGUCUCAUAUAAGGGUUAAAUCCAGGAAAACUGCUACACUCUGUACAUUAAAAAUGAAAUAGGUGUUGAUAGUAAUAUUUUUUGCCACAGACUAGUCAUAUAGGGCUAGAAGCAAAGUGUUAGAAAUAGUUCCACAGACUGGUCAUAUAGGGCUAGAAGCAAAGUGUUAGAAAUAGUUCCACAGACUUGUCAUAUUGGGCUAGAAGCAAAGUGUUAGAAAUAGUUCAAAAGCAAGUUUUCUCUUACUUCGUUAUGGCUUUCAACCAUUAAUUCUUAUUGUACCCAAAUAUAAAUUAUAUAUAGUUGAAUUCAAUAUCUUGAGGUCACCUAUCUCAAAAUUCCGGCUAUCUCGAAGACAUGUUCAAGUCCUGUCCCCCAAAAAACACAUGCACAAAAUAUCAUUUAAAGUCCAAUUUCGGCUAUCUCGAAGUAAAGUGCUGGAUCUCUUGGAAUUCAAGAUAACGAGUUUCAAAUAAAGUAUUUUUUACCAUGACGUUAUUAUUAUAGCAGGGUUCGCACAGACUUGAAAACUCCUUGAAUUUCAAGCUGCUACAUGAAAAGUGCUUGAAUUUGCAAAAACCUCCUUAAAACUCCUUGAAUUCGUUUCUUGCCUUGAAAACUGCUUGAAAAGUGCUUGAUUUUAUGAUAAAAGUCCUUGAAUUUCCUUCUUCAGAAAUUUUGGUCAGCUUAAUAAAAAUAGAUCGUAAAAGACGCUUUGUUAUAUGUAUGCAUCGCCAUGUUUUAUGUCUACAUAACCUAUGUGUACCGUACGAUACGGGUUUUAAAAAGACUGGGACUAGGAAAAUUACGACGUGUAAAAAUUACGGACACCAUUUCCGUUACCGAUAUUGAAGAAAAUGUCAUGUAUUUUCAACAAAAAGUGGCUUGUAUCCUAUCCAUGGCUGGUCGAGCACGAAAACAAACAGAAAGCCAUGUGCAAAAUAUUGUAACAAAGUUAUUGACAUUAGUUCAAUGGGUGAUUUGGCGCUGAAAUCGCAGUCAAGUCUGAGAAGCACAAGAAAAAUGUACCUGAUCGAAGGUCACCCACGGCCACUCUUGAUGUGUUUACUAUCCACCUUCGCCCCCAGCAGCCAGAGGCACCUAAAACUUGAUCUUAUAUGACAUGAUAAGUCGCUGUUGAUGUAAGAAGUGUUGAUCAAUUGUUUACCAGUCAUUUUGUGUGUGAUAAAGUGUUGAUCAAUUGCAAAUUGGAACUUUAUAGAAAAACUUAUAUCACGUGAUAGUCAUUUUGGAUGUAAGAAGUGUUCACCAAUUGUAAGCCAGUCAUUUCGUGUGUAAUAAGUGCUUGUUCAAUUUUUUGCUUAUCCUUGAAAACGUAAUAGAAGUCUUUGAAAACUCCUUGAAAACCCCUUGAAUUUUUUGUCAGUCUGGCUGUAUGAACCCUGUAUAGGAGACAUUUUAAUUUAUUUCAUGUAUGCUUUAUUUUAUUGAUUUUUGUGACCCUGCUACUAACAGCUAGUUAAGGGUAUGACUGUUAGGUAUCCCUUUCAAAAUGAACUUUGUAUAUACAGUCAGACCUGUAUUAAAGACCACCCGGCUCUAAAGACCACAUGUGCUGUUUCCCAUUUUAACAUUUACAGUGUGUUUAACCUUUCUAUAAAGACAUAUAAUAUGUACCUGUCUAAUAUCAUUUACACUUUUUCAAUAGAUCAUUGUCCCAAUGGAUACUUGUCUAUAGCAGUCACCUUUCCACAGUUGACAGUUUUCUAUAGAGAUCACAUGUCUAUUGUGGCCACCUGUCUGUGGUGACCAUCUGUUUAUAAAUGGUCGUUUGUCUAUAUUGAUAGCCUGUUUAUAGUGGCCACUUGUUUGUAAUGGUUGCCUGUCCAUUAAGAUCGCCUGUCAGUAGAGGCCACCUGUCUAUAAUGGUCACCUGUCAGAAGUGUCCACCUGUCUAUGAUGGUCACCUGUCAUUCUCUUGGCUGGAUUGUUAUAAUUACCUUUCUUGAUCAGUGUUUUCUAUUGGAAAUCCCUCAUUUCUCCUUUUAAAUUUGUUGUUCUCUUGUAAAGGAUGUUGACUUAAAAAUAAUAUAAAAUUUUGAUUUGUUUACUUUUUGGGGAUAUUUUUAACAUUGACCUUUCACUGCUGAAAAUGGUUCCGUAUACGGGAGUGUAUGCAUUCCGUAUACUCUUAAUAUACGGGCAUAUACGGAAACAUUUUUCCCGUAUAUGGAACAUUCCAUAUACGGGAAUCCCGUAUUCUUUAAUUGGACAUUCAUGUUUUUCUCACAUGGAUCCGUUCAUUCAUACUUAGCAUAAAUACGUUUCAACAGUUUAUGCCAGUAUUCAAAGUUAGGGAUUGUCAAGGUCCAAAAGCAUGUUUAAGACGUAGGUUUUGAUCAUACUUUCAGGAAAGAUACCUUUUAUAUGAUAUUCGUAUAUUAGACAUAUACGGGACCGUAUACUCCCGUAUAUGCACAUAUUUUUCGCAGUGUUUAACAGUACACAAAGAAAAAAGUGUGGUAAGAAUAUUUGUUAAUUUUGUGUUUAUAUGUGGUUGCUGUUGUAUUAGUAUACAUUGAAAUUUAGAUGUUAUGAUGUUAUUUGUUAGGGAGAUUUUUGAACUUUAGCCUUACAAAGUGAUGUUGAUUUUUAAAAAUAUGCUUGCCAGAAAGGUCCAGUGUUAUUUUGUUAGAUAUAUAGUCACUGAGUCCAGGUGUGUAAUAAUGUUAGAUAUAGUCACUCAGGAUUGUGUUAAAUACUCAAUGAACUAUCAAAUAGUACAAUGAAUUAAACUUUUUGAAAUGUGUAAAUCAGUUUAUUUUCAGAGAAUUUUAUUUGGAAAUCCUUAAUGUUAAAAAUUGUACUGUAUUGACAAAAAAACUGUUUGCUUUAAUCUUCUGUGUAUCAUAUCAAAGUCAUAUUGAAUAGUUAAGUUUGUGCUACCAGGUGUAAUACUUACCAGGUAUGUUUGUAUAUAAAACAUUGAAAGAAGCAGUGAGUGAAGUUAGUGUAUAAAUACAUUGAGAGAUUAGUGUAAGUACACAGAGGAUAGUGUGAGUACACUAAGAGAUUAGUGUAAGUACAUGUAUAUUGAGAUGUUAGUAUGAGUUAAGUGAGAGGGGAGUAUAAAAUACAUAGAAAGGUUAGUAUGAGUAAUUUGAGAGGUUAGUGUAAAUACAGCAAGAGAAGCUAGUAUAUAUUUGUACUUUGAGGGAAGUUAUAUAUAAGAAAUGAAUACCGCUUAAAACAUGGAGAAAAACUAAUUUACACACAAUCAGAAAAGUUAGAAUAGAUACAUGUACAUUGAGAGAAAGUAUAGAUGCCUUGAGAGCAGUUUGUGUACAUACUAUGGGAAUCUUUAAAAGUUUGGAUGUUAUUGUUGAUAACUGAAGUAAAUAAAAUAUAGUCUGUAAAAUUUAUGGGAUGUAAAUUUAUAGUGUCGCAAAAAUGCUUUUUAGUGUUUUACAAGUGUUUGACUUCUUUUGUGAAUGAAUGUUUAAUAGCUUGUAUAUAUAAUACAUUAUAUACAGGAAUGUGGUACUUAAAGGUCAUUUUAGUACCAGUAUUUGGUUCUGAAAGGUCAUUAGCUUGUAUUGUAUUUUUUUCCAUUUGUGUUUUUGAUCUAAAACUAUUUAAGGGAUUACAACUUCUCACAAAAACAUAUGACAUUGAAAUGAAGUAUAGUGUACAGGAACCUUAACUCUGUUUUGCUUAUUUUUAUAUUUUAUUUUUUGAAACUGGUGAAAGGAUUUAUUUGAACUUCAGGAUUGUGGUGAAGAAUAGUUAAAGAAUGACAGUGUGGGUAAAUUGUAACUCUUGUAAACAUAUUGAAGGCAGUAGACUUAUAACAGGCUUGCUUCUGGUAUGCACAUUAUUUCAAAAUGUUUCCACUUAUUUACAGGAAACAUUUGCUGUAACAGGGUGAUGGCCAUGUCAAAUAUAGCUCUUGUUCAAUUUUUUACUUUAAAAACUGGGUUACACAAUUUUUAACAUAGUCUGAGUAAGGUCAGCCAUUUGUUUUAUUUUUAAAAUUGCACCUAUGACCUUUUGCUGUCAAAUAGAAUGCCUUGCUUCCAAGUUUGACCUAAAUCUGUCAAAAUAUUAAUUGAGUUUGAUAAGUUCUUGAUGUUUUAUUAGUGUGUCAACUUUAUAUUGUUGGUGUAUGGCAAAUUAUGUGUAAUAAUUUUAUAUGUAAUUAUGAUUUAAGCAGCAAUAGUCAUAUCAUAUAUGUUGUACACUCUGUCCUUGCUUGCUGGCUCAUAAAUUAUACAUUUGUGUUAUUUCUUAGCCUUAGAAAUGACAAAAUGAUAAACAGUACAAUGCCAUUUAUAUCUGUAUUGCUCAAAUUCCCAGACACUUCCCCAAUGUUAAUAGAAUUUUCUGCAAUGUUUAUAUAUUCCCCAAUGUUUAUAGCCUAUUCCUCAAUGUUUAUAAACUUUUCCCUAAUGUUUAUUGGCUAUUCCCCAAUGUUUAUAGACUUUUUCCAAAUGUUAAUAGACUUUUCCCCAAUGUUUAUAGACUUAUUUCAAGUGUCAGUUUAAUGAUUGUAACUAUUGGAUGUAGUAUAUAUUGGUAUUGUUCAAAUAUACUGCUUGUUGUUCUAUAUGCUUUAUUAUUGUCAGCAAUAUUUGUUUUGACUGUCACAGAUUCAUAUGAUUGUGUGUAUGGUAAAUCUUUGUCUUUGACUCGUGGCAAUAGAAUAUCAUUGAUGUCAAAACACAAAAAGUUGUUUCAAAGAUCAUGCUUCAAGUAAUAUGAUAAUAUUCAUAGUUAUGUAAAGUGUUAUUUUAAUCCAUGCUUCUAGUAAUAAAAUUUUCAAAUGUACUUAACAAAAAAAAAUUUAGUUUAAAAGAAUUGUUACAUCACAGUUCAUAGUGUUUAUAGAGAAUUUUAAGUAUCUAGGCUGACUAAUUAUCUGUUUAUAAAACUAGUUCGUUUUAGGAAUAAAUUCAGUAAAAUCAUUGGAUUUCAACUAUCACCUGUAGAUUAUUUUUGUAUUUUUUCCUUCCUCCUGUAGAAAGCUUAUUUAGAAGAAUAAGAUAUAAGAAAUUGUUUUUGAAAAAUGCCUUAGCAAAUUUUGGGCCUUGCAGUUAUAGAAAAGAGGUUUACUAUUGCAUUAGUUUUUGGGAUUUGGGCAGUGCCUUGCUUUCUGCUUUGUUUGCUUCAUCACUGGUAUAAAAUAAGGGUUAUUUUCUUUGGAUGAUUUGGGAAAGUCUUUUCAACUGAAAUUUUGCUGGGAUGACCUAAUAUAAUUUUGAUUUCCUUGGAAAGUAAAUGUGUAAGUGAAUAUAUAUAUUCAGCUUUGGACGUAUGUAUAUUAUCAGAUGUGGGUUAAAAGAUGAAUAAAUACAAGUUAAAUAUUGUGCAUGGUAAUAUGAGCAGUAUGAGGAAUAUAUUCAAGUGCCAGGUGUGUGAAACCUUUGAUAUAAACCGAAGUAUACUAAGUGUAUGAUAUUUUCCAUUGAAUUAUUUCUUCAUGUGAUACCAGUUAGUCUUGCGGUAGAAUAGUGCAACAAUUUUCCUUCCUUACAUUCUUUCCUAGGUUACUUUUUCAUAGAUGCUUUUUGUAUAUGAAUUUUAUAGUGUAGUUCUAUUUUAUUUUCUAUUUUAUUUCUAAGUAUUUGUUAAGUUUACUUUUGUUAUGCUUCUCUGUAUAUUAAAUAUAAUGCAUAAA